UACUUCAGACGCCACAUUGUUCUCCAUCAGUUAGGUUAUUUUUAAGCAGGCAGGAAUCUUUCUGAGAUCCUAAUGAGAGGCGCAGCCGUCCUGCAGGGUCAGAAAGACUCAUCGGUUAACAGGGCGUCUCUUCACUGUCUCUCUGAGAAUCCUUGAUCUUCUUGGGUUUUUCGCUGCUGCUGAUCGCUGUGUCUGUGCUGGACGGUCUCCAGGCGGUGAGCCUCCUCACCCCUCGCCCUGCCCUGCCUGCCGCCGGGCCUCGUGGAUCUCCGGUCAGAGGAACGCCUCCUCGGUGGCUGUGACAGGGGGAAUUAGGCGAGAGAUGCGGGCCCACUCGCCCUGCCUGCGUAGGGGCUUAUCUCGGUCUAAGCUGAGGGACUAAUAGCAAAGCCUGCCUUCGCUCCAGCCGCUCUGAGGGCACAGGGAGCCAUCUGUCCACUCUGUGGAUCACUGAAAAACAAAGGGACCAAACACCGAACUCGGACUUCAAACUAAAAGGCCUUUCAUCCCAAAGAUACCAGAACCAAAGAAGACGAGUAGGAAUUUCUCCCACUCCAAGUAUUCACCACAAAGAUCUGAAGUCACUGAGGAUGUCCGACAAGGAAGAGAUGACCUUGGACGGCGGCCUGAACGUCACGCUAACGCUGAGGCUGCUGAUGCACGGAAAGGAAGUGGGCAGCAUCAUUGGAAAGAAAGGAGAAACGGUGAAGAAGAUGAGGGAAGAGAGCGGCGCCCGCAUCAACAUAUCAGAGGGGUCGUCUCCUGAGAGGAUAGUGACCAUCACCGGACCCACAGAGGGAAUCUUCAGAGCUUUCUCCAUGAUCGCACAGAAGUUUGAAGAGGAUAUCACCGCAGCCAUGACAAACAGCAACGUGACAAGCAAGCCACCUGUGACACUUCGUCUGGUUUUCCCAGGGAGCCAGUGUGGCUCGCUCAUCGGCAAAGGAGGCUCCAAGAUCAAAGAGAUCAGGGAGACCACAGGCGCUCAGGUUCAGGUGGCAGGAGACAUGCUGCCGGACUCCACAGAGCGGGCCGUCACAAUCUCCGGCACUCCACAGGCCAUCACUCAGUGUGUGAGGCACAUCUGCUCCGUAAUGCUGGAGUCUCCACCGAAAGGAGCAACUAUUCCUUACCGUCCCAAGCUCCUUCCUGCCGGAGCUCACGCUGUGUUGGCCCCUCAGCACUCUGCACAAGCGUUUGCAAUUCCAGGACAGUAUGCAUUUGCACAUCAAGAUUUGACCAAGCUUCACCAGUUGGCUAUGCAGCAUAUCCCCCUCCCUUCCCUUGGGCAGAGCAACCCUACCUUUCCUGGACUGGAUGCUUCUGCACCCACCAGUACACAGGAGCUGGCAAUUCCUAAUGAUUUUAUUGGCUGCAUAAUUGGAAGACAAGGCAGCAAGAUCAAUGAGAUUCGCCAGGUCUCUGGAGCGCACAUCAAAAUUGCCAGCGCCACUGAUGGCUCAGCCAUGCGCCAAGUCACGAUCAGCGGCUCUCCGGCCAGCAUCGGCGUGGCCCAGUACCUCAUCAACGCCAGCUUAGAGAUGGCUAAAUACACCAUGCAGGUCGCGUCCUCUGUGACCCCCGUUGACCUCAACAUGAGCUUCUCUCAAACGGCCCCCACCGCCUCCAGCGCCGCCACCUCCAUGGCCGUCCUGGCCGCCUCCAACCCGACGCCCUCCGCCAUGAACGCCUCCACCCUGCCGGCCAUCCACAGCCCCCACUACGCGCUGCCCGUUUCCAGCCUGCUGGGGAUGAAGACGCUCCCCGUCCUCACCGUCCAUCCGGCAGCAGCUUCCAGCCUAACUCAGGGUUUGACCCCUUAUACUGCAAAAAUGUCCACGUCUGGUGCAAAGAAAUCUGACCGGCAAAAGUUUUCUCCUUAUUGAUGCCGCCUCGUUAAAUCCACAGGGCCAGUCAGAAGUUCACAUACACUUUUUAUUAUCAUUUUAUUUGGGUUAUGAUUACAGAUAUGUACACAAACCACAGCUGAUGUUUGGUUAAAUCCACCAACAACCUUCUGCACAGAUAAACAUUUAAACCAAUGCAGUCAAUUGAUUGAAAUAAUCAGAUUAAUCCCUUAUGCUUAACUUUGCAAACUUGAAAUAUAAAUAUACACGGAGUUAUGUUUCUUGCAGGAAUGUUGUCCUUCCUUCUGCCGCAGCACAUCCACUUAAAACGCAAACAAUUGUCAGUUUUUUUAUUUUUGCAUCAGAAAACAGGUAAUGUGGUUUCCCAGAACUCAACAGCAGCUAAAGAGAAUUUACUCCACAACAUGCAAACAAGUAGCAGCAACUUGUUCCUGAGACAAAGUCCAAUAUCUCUGGCUGACUGUGUGUAAAGUCUCUGCAUUACUGGGUGAACUUUAGUAAUAACUUUUCAGAUAAAUAAUGUAAAUCUACAGUGGCGUUGUUGGGCCUUUAUGGAUGAAAAAAUUUGUGAAUUUACGCAAAAAGUUGUAGAAACCUUACGAUGCCAUCAUUGUUUUGGAAAAUGUGGAAUUUUUUUUAUUUUUUUGGAAAAGUUUAAAAUUUGUGCAAAAGAUUUUCUACAAGAAACUAAAAUUUUUAUACCGAAGAAAAUUGUAAAUUUUUCUAGAAAUUUUCUGAGAUUAAUCUAAAAAAAUCUGAAUUUCUUUCUAGCUAAUUUUUCAAAAUGUUUGUUUUUUUGUUGCUGAUUUCUGAAAUUAAUCUAAAAAUUGCAGAUUUUGACUCCAUAUUUAAUUUCUCUAUCUACAGUGGUCCUAAUACGCAGUCGUAUAAAUCAAAUUUAUGUCACUAUUAGUGUAUGUAAACUUCUGAGCAGCCUUCUCCUCAGUACCUUCCUGAUAAGACUUUAUUAAAAGAUGGCAGAUAUUUUAAUAUUAACAUAUAGAAAUGAAGACACAGAUGCUGAUAGAUAUUUUCCAGGAGUUCCUUUUGUUUUCCAUAAACCAGGAGGAUAUUAGAGUCGGACUGAAAUGGCAGGAGGAUUAAACAAGUCUUCGUUAAUUAAGAGUCGACUGAGGUCUGUGAAAACAUCCUGAUGUCAUGUGAACAUGCAGAAUAAUUAAAGUGGAUAACUCAGGCUUUUAUUAGUAUCCCAGGGAAUAUAUAAAUAUAUUAAAUGAGCUUUAAAGGAGCACUUACUCCUGGAGUAGGAGUUUCCAUAAAGUGUGUUUCUAUCUGUGUAACUUUUUAAAACAUUAGAUUAGAGGUUAUCACCUAGGACCAGACGGUGUGGUGCUUUGAAAGACUGUGAAGUGGUUUGUUUGUACAGUGAGUGUUUGCUGUUUUUAAUGAAGAUUGGCCCGUCCUGCGUCAUGCGUGUCUUUGUUUCACUGUGGGCUCUCAUCAGCGCUAACAGGCUCGGGAGGCCUGUAGUCUCGUUGCACUGUGGCGGCUCUGAUGGGAUUAUCGUAAAGCCACAGUGGAUUCACAGCUGAAUUCUCCUCCAGUAAUCCCAGGACUGGCCUGAAACGCGUUUGCUGGUUCGGUUCGGCUUGUUGUUUGUUCUCCAGCGUGAAAACAAGGAGAACGCCUCCCGGAUCUGAGCUCACAUCAGUUGUUUUAAAUGAAUGUUUUAUUCAUCUCUCCGAUGCGGGCAUGCACUCAAACAAUGGCGUAUU